CCUACAAUCAAUCAGAGCGGAUACUUUCCCAUCCACGACCGCCCCUUGGCCAUCUCCAUCGAGACUAAGACUCCCGAGGCAGGCGAGGGCGGUGCUCUUGCGCAGCUGGCUGUGUGGAUUUCGUGCGGCCAUCGGAGGGUCCCUGAAACACUGCGGCUGCCCAGUCUACCUUUUCUGCGUGUGGUAGGCCACGCGUGGACUCUAGGCUUCGCGAUUGAUAUGGGUGAUAAGAUUGCUCUUGUCGACUUUCCUCACGAGAUCGGACAUACGAGGACCAUAGUUGGGGCGUAUAGGCUGUUGGCCAACCUGCGUCGUGUCGUCGAGUGGGCGGACGGCCCAUACCGGGAGUGGUUCGGGAGAGUGGUCUUGGGGUUGGAUAGUGGGAGCGUGUAACACUUUGUCUUCGGAUGGAAGUGUCUAUAGUAGGU